UUUUUUUUGCUAUUUCUUUAGCAAUACAGUGAAAAUCUUCAUCCUAACUGCAAAGUAAACAAGAUUCAUUGAAAGGGAGUCUAACAUGUGUGUCAAGGAAUGAAGAAAUGUUUUUUGGCUUAAAGCAGCACAGUGCUUAAGCCGAUCAUAACCUGGUUUGAUGGAGAUGGCAAUGAAGACACGACGGAUGGCACACAAAUGCAAAUCAGCAUGCAAAGAGCAUGAUCAAACUUGUAUAGGAGAGAAGCCGUAUACAUGCCAGUAUUGCAAAAAGGGCUUUAGCCAAUCAGGAAAUUGCAAGCGACAUGAACGAACUCACACAGGGGUGAAGCCAUAUACAUGCAAGCAUUGUAAAAAGGGCUUUAGCCAAUUAGGACAUUGCAAGCAACAUGAACGAACUCACACAGGAGAGAAGCCGUAUCCAUGCAAGUAUUGUAAAAAGUGCUUUAGCCAUGUAGGAAAUUGCAAGAAACAUGAACAAACUCACACAGGAGAGAAGCCAUAUACAUGCAAGCAUUGUAAAAAGAGCUUUAGCCAAUUAGGAAAUUGCAAGAUACAUGAACAAACUCACACAGGAGUGAAGCCAUAUACAUGCAACUAUUGCAAAAAGAGCCAAUUAGAAACUUGCAGGCAACAUAAAAAAACACACACAGGAGAGAAGUCAUACAUAUGCAAGUAUUGUAAAAAGUCCUUUAGCCAAUCAGGAAAUUGCAAGCAACAUGAACGAACUCACACAGGAGAGAAGCCAUAUACAUGCAAGUAUUGUAAAAAGGGCUUUAGCCAAUCAGCACAUUGCAAGCAACAUGAACGAACUCACACAGGAGUGAAGCCGUAUACAUGCAAGUAUUGUAAAAAGUGCUAUAGCCAAUUAGGAAAUUGCAAGCGACACGAACGAACUCACUCAGGAAAGAAGCCGUAUACAUGCAAGUAUUGUAAAAAGUGCUUCAACCAUUCAGCAAAUUGGAAGCAACAUGAACGAACUCACACAAUUGGGAAUGCGAGAGACAGUUCUUUAAAAUGCAAGCAGGAUGAUCAGCACUAUCAACUAAGAAGACACCCUCAGGAGCUAGUUACAACUCAUGGUGCGGAAAAGUCUGACAUGCUGUUUUCUUUGACUGAAGAAAAUUCAAGCCAAGUUGAAAGCCUCAUCUGUUGGAUUUGUCAGGAGGAAUUUAGUAGUGAGACAUAUUUAAUCCAACAUUACGAUGAUCAUAUGCCUGGUUUGAUGGAGAUGGCAAUGAAGACACGACGGAUGGCACACAAAUGCAAAUCAGCAUGCAAAGAGCAUGAUCAAACUUGUAUAGGAGAGAAGCCGUAUACAUGCCAGUAUUGCAAAAAGGGCUUUAGCCAAUCAGGAAAUUGCAAGCGACAUGAACGAACUCACACAGGGGUGAAGCCAUAUACAUGCAAGCAUUGUAAAAAGGGCUUUAGCCAAUUAGGACAUUGCAAGCAACAUGAACGAACUCACACAGGAGAGAAGCCGUAUCCAUGCAAGUAUUGUAAAAAGUGCUUUAGCCAUGUAGGAAAUUGCAAGAAACAUGAACAAACUCACACAGGAGAGAAGCCAUAUACAUGCAAGCAUUGUAAAAAGAGCUUUAGCCAAUUAGGAAAUUGCAAGAUACAUGAACAAACUCACACAGGAGUGAAGCCAUAUACAUGCAACUAUUGCAAAAAGAGCCAAUUAGAAACUUGCAGGCAACAUAAAAAAACACACACAGGAGAGAAGUCAUACAUAUGCAAGUAUUGUAAAAAGUCCUUUAGCCAAUCAGGAAAUUGCAAGCAACAUGAACGAACUCACACAGGAGAGAAGCCAUAUACAUGCAAGUAUUGUAAAAAGGACUUUAGCCAAUCAGCACAUUGCAAGCAACAUGAACGAACUCACACAGGAGUGAAGCCGUAUACAUGCAAGUAUUGUAAAAAGUGCUAUAGCCAAUUAGGAAAUUGCAAGCGACACGAACGAACUCACUCAGGAAAGAAGCCGUAUACAUGCAAGUAUUGUAAAAAGUGCUUCAACCAUUCAGCAAAUUGGAAGCAACAUGAACGAACUCACACAAUUGGGAAUGCGAGAGACAGUUCUUUAAAAUGCAAGCAGGAUGAUCAGCACUAUCAACUAAGAAGACACCCUCAGGAGCUAGUUACAACUCAUGGUGCGGAAAAGUCUGACAUGCUGUUUUCUUUGACUGAAGAAAAUUCAAGCCCAGUUGAAAGCCUCAUCUGUUGGAUUUGUCAGGAGGAAUUUAGUAGUGAGACAUAUUUAAUCCAACAUUACGAUGAUCAUAUGAGAUAAAAAUAACACAUUUAAGUAUAUGUCAUUGCAAGGUAUAAAUCUUUCCCUUAAUUUUCUUAUAGUCAUAUUUAGUGUUUAUGUUGAGCUCACUGGAACAUGUCUGUUAAAGCCAAAGCAGUUCAGUUUUUAGAGGGUGCCAACUGUUUUUUGUUUUUUUUUAACUGUUGAAAAACAACAGUCUUAUAGCCAGAAAUAAAAUUGCGUGGAAUUUACCUUAUGGUCACUUGGAACAAAACGUGAAUCCAGGGAAGCAGUUUCGUAUGUUACAGUGGGACCCGGUUAAUACAGACACUAAAGCUUCAUGCAAAAGUGUCAGCAUUAUAUGGGUGUCUGUAUCAAUGGAGAUCACAGAAUAAAGGUCAAGAAUACAUGUUUUAUCAAUACCGGCACAGACUAAAGCAUCUUCAAUCGCUAAGUAUCCAAACUAUAUUUAAUUUCUUACCCGUACCAUGAAUUCACACUGAUGGAGCCUGUCAUUCAUUUAAAUGUGUAAAUGUGUGGCAUUAAAAAAAAUUGAAUUUCUCUAAUACCGUUGCAAACUCAACGCCAUAAUUAUUGAUGUAACGGUGAUAGUUUUGUAAACAAGUGUCAUUGUAAACGGAUGACUUACUCAAUAGAACUAGUAACUAUUGACUUGUUCACAUUGCUUUAUUUUAUUGAGGUUUUCACGGAUCAGAAGGUCUGAAGAAAACAUUGUUACCGCUGUUGUGUCAUAUUGAAGCCCGGGGGAGCACUGCCAUAUAUGGGCUAUAUAGUUCAUAAACUCUGAAGUUGGCUGAACAAGCCUGGGAGAAGAAUGCUUGCAUCGCUCACAUUGCAAAGUUGAAGGCUGCUAUCGCCGAGAGCCAACAACAAAUUGCCACACUUGAGCUGAGUAUGGUGCCUUCCUCU